ACCCGGAGCACGUAGCAACAACUGAGCCAAUGUGCUCCACCAGCGCUCCGUCCUACCCCGACCGCGGGUGCCUGGCAACAAGAAGAGAGACGUGAUGACGUCCACUCCAGAUUGCGUAUUAUGGGAUGUGCGGAAUUAAACAGCCCCGGAGAGGACGAAAAGAGGGAAGCCAGAAAUAAUAAAAGCGGCAGAAAUCGGCGCGGUUGCAUGGUGGAAGCAUGGAGCUGUCGGCUGUCGGCGAGAGCGUCUUCGCGGCCGAGUCCAUCAUCAAACGGAGGAUCAGACGGGGUCGCUGGGAAUAUCUGGUGAAAUGGAAGGGCUGGUCUCAGAAGUACAGCACCUGGGAGCCGGAGGAAAACAUUCUGGACGAGCGCCUGUUCGCCGCCUUCGAGGAGAGAGAGCGCGAACGGGAGCUGUUCGGGCCCAAAAAGAGGGGACCCAAACCCGAGACUUUUCUCCUGAAGGCCAAGGCCAAAUCUAAAGAGAAGACAUAUGAGUUUAGAAGAGAGACUCCUAGAGGAAUCCAGGUUUCCUACCCCGUCCCGGAGCCCGUCAUAACUCCGAGAGCCCGCGAAGGUCUACGCGCCGUGGUCCCCACCAUCUUCCCUCCGAGCGCGGUCAACAGAGGGGAAAGCGUCCCCAUCCGACACCCGGAGCCGGAGAGGAGGCCCAGACCCGCUGCGGCAGAAGCUCUCCUGGACCAGGAGUCCGUGCAGUUCCCCAGAAAGCGAGGGCGCAAGCCCAAGCUCCUCCCGCACUACGGCCCACAGGACGCCAGCGGCUCUGCAGAGCCGGCGUCCAAACGGAGCCGGUCACUGGAGGAGCAGUCCGUCGUGUCGCGGCGCCUGCAUCAUCACGGAGAGACCUCGGAUCACACCCUUCUGCAGCUGACCAAGAGGUUCCAGGAGGAGACCACGAUCACGCCAAAGUCCGGCAGCGAGCAGAGACACGCGGGGCUGUCCUACACGUGCGCCUUCAGUCCAAGCGCGCGUAAAAGCGAGGGACACAGAACUUACAGCUUGAGCAGGAUGCAUUUUCCUCAGCACGGCCAGCCGAGGCGCCCCGAAGACGAGCGGAGAGGCCAGGCCGCUGCCGAGUCCCCGCCGCCCGACCCCUUCGCGCCCUCAGCCCCCACCUGGACCCCCUGUUGCACCAACUGGGACACUGUGACGGUGACGGAUGUCACCAUGAACCUGUUGACUGUGACCAUCAGAGAGAGCAGCACCGCUAAAGGCUUUUUCAAAGAUAAAAGAUGAGUAUUUUCAUGUUGUAGUUCCCAGUGAAAUAUUAACGCGCGACUAACAAACAGGCCUACUGUCAGACUAUAUCUUUUUUAUGUAACUUUCAGACGUGUACAUACAGAUAUUUAAUACGCUGCUGGGGAGAAUAAAAUGGAAGAAGCAUUGUACGAGGAAGA